AUGGUUACCUCUUCCGAAGGGCUUGCAGAGGCUGCAAGCAAUGUGGGCUACCAUGUGCAGACAUUCGUCACAUUCCCGUCGCAAAUUAUGGGCGGUCCUGUGAUGUCGCAGGCGCGCAUCUCAACAACGCCCGUACUGAGUUCGGGCGAUGAUAUCGAUGUGCUGGUGUGCUUCAACGAAGAGGCGUACCUGAACCACAGGGACGAUGUGACAGACGGCGGCGUCAUCAUCUACAACUCAGGCGACUUUGAGCCUGACGACUUGGCGAGCAGCUUCGGCAUGCCCUUCGCAGACCUCGCUAAGUCCACCGGCAACGCGCGCGCCGAAAACAUGAUCGUGCUAGGCGCGCUCGCACACCUUGUCAGUAUGGCACAGAGCAUCCUGGAGGAUUUUGUUAGGGCGCGCUUCACCAGAGGCCGCCCCAACGACGAUCAGAUAAUAUCCUCCAACAUCGAGGCGCUCACGCUUGGCAGACAGGAAGCAGAGAAGAGCGGGUUCGUCCUCGGAGAACUUGCCCCCUCUAUAGGCCCGAAGGCAACCAGAUUCUGA